AUGGAAAAUUGUUCUUCCAGAGACUAUAGUGGUUUGGGAUCUGGAGCAUCACAAUAUCUUAUGAAAAAAGAAUUUUUGCAAGCUCUAAAACAAAUUCCAUCUCUCACUGCUUCCUUAAAGACAAAGACAUCUAAAAACGAAUUUAGAAAAGAAUGCUUAGAUUUGGUUAAUUUUCUAAUUAAGAAAAAGGAUGACCCUCCAGCUUUCACUGAACGAAAACGUUGGGUACCGGUCCUUAGGAAUUAUUUUAAACAUAGAUUUGACAAGAUUACUCAACAUGGAGGUUGUCCUAUGAUUUUUGAACAGAAAGAACGAGAUAUUUUAGAAUUAAAAUAUAAUGCAUUAGAUUUCUGCGAAUUAAAUAAUCAUAUAGAAAAAACUAAUAAGAAGGAACAUUUCCAGAAUAAGAGAAAUCUCAUUCAUGAAAGUUGCAUAUUUAAAAGCUCAUCAUCACAAUUUCCAAAAAGAGAAUGCAAUAUACUAAAUCCUAAAAUAUUUAAUAAGCCUCCUCAAUGCAUAUUAUCGGAACCAGUUGUAUCUAGUCACCUUCCACCUAAAGAAAAUACAUUAAGCUCACCAAAUGUAGAUCAAAUUAAAACGGAAGUUUUUUCUGCACCUGAAGCGGAACAUCCAUCUGGAAAGACAUAUGAUAGUUCACCUGAUAGUUCGCCUUUUAAUAUACCUGAUAGUUCCAUUGUUGAUUCUCCAGACGGUCCAUCUUCAGAUCAAUCUCAACUUCAGACAACAACUGAAGACACUUCGAUGGAAAAUUUAACUCUGAAAAUCAAGUACGCAUUAAUAGGAAAGUUUAAAAAAAAGAAAAAUAUAAGAAGACAAAUUAAAUUUCUCAGAAUACUACUACCUUCACACUCUGACAAGAAAGACAAGUUUUUAUCAGAUGAUCAUUUAGAUCAGCCAAUAUAUGAUGAUGAGGAGAUCAUAAAAAAAUUAAAAAUAUAUGAACAUAACACUAUAAAAAAUACAAAUAUGUUAAAGAGAAAAAAAGAAAGAUCCAAAACUAUUAUAGAAGUACAUAUGGAAGUACUCGAGGAAUUCAGAAAUGAAGAAUGGGAAUUGAACAAAGGAGAAUUUCUAACAAUAUGUCUAGAAAUAUUCAAAAAUGAGGAACGUAGAUCCUAUCCUAAUUUGAUAAAUGACUAUCAAAUAGAAAAUAUUCAAUGCAGCAGUGAUAAUGAAGAAACAAAUAUUCUGUGGAAUAAAUGGAUAGAAAGGCAUAGAAAUCUUUCUGAAAAAUUGAAAAAAGAACAUUGGUUUAAUAAUUUGAAAAAUGAAUGGAAAAAAGAAAAAUCUAAGGUAAAAAAAAUGGAAGAAUUAAAAAAUAAAUCUUCAAACGAAAAUCAAAAAGUUUCAUUUUUAGAAGGAGAAAAAGAUAUAUGGAGACAGUGGAUAUCAAACAAGAGUAAAAUUGUAGAACACUAUCUGGAACAGGACUGGUUUAAGGGAUUAACAGAUGAAUUUUAUAAUAUUUUAGAUGAAUAUGAAAAUGAAGAAACUAAAAAUUGUGUGUCACUAAUAAGUAUAGAAGAAAUGGAACAUAACAAAAGUUGUGAAGAAUUAUAUAAAUAUAUUAAAAAAAAAUUAUUAUCAAAAUUGUGUAUACUUGUAUUUAUGACAAUAUUAGAAGAAUGCAAAAAUGAGAAAAAUGUAGAAAAUUACGAAUCAUAUUUAGAUAGUUCCAUAAAUGAAUCUAUUACAUUAGAAAACUCAAAUAGAAAAGCAGAAAUCUUAGAAGACACAACGGAAUUCAAAAAUGAUGUUUUGGAGUAUAGAGUUAAUGAGGAAAUUCCUGCUUAUAAAGGACAGAACUGUUUUAUGCUAGAGAUAAAAGAUUGGAUAAAAGAAAAUGACGCACAUAUAAAUGUUACGGAUUAA